AUGUCAGAAACUUCCUCCCACGACUCCUUCUAUGAUUCUUUAUCAGACGUGCAGGAAGAGGGCAAAAAUGCUGACUUCUUCCCAGGGCUCUCUGCUUUUCUCAGCCAGGAAGAAAUACACAAAAGCCUUGACCUGGCCCGCAGAGCUAUAGACAACUCUGAAACUGAAGAUUUUGACUCAGAAAAGGAGAUCUCACAGAUUUUCAGCGAGUCUUCCAUAAGCCUCUGCGAAUCUCCUUCCCACAAGGAGACCAAAUCCUGCCAGCAGGCUCCCUCAGAAAGACCUCCGGAUAACAGGCCAGCUCCUGUGCAGCCUCUGGUAGGAGAGCAAGCUGAAAGGAUCAGUUCCCCAGCUUCAAAGAGGAAAGCUGCGGUACCACCCCUGCUGGCCAGUCCCAGCUACAUCCGGAGCCUCCGCAAGGCUGAAAAAAGAGGUGCAAAAAUCCCCAAUCCAAGUGCAAAGCCCAAAGCUGCCCAGCAAAGCAAGGCUGGCCCCCAGAGCCAACUGUGCGACAAGGCUGCUAGUUUCAUCGAGGAACUGACAUCCAUAUUUAGAGAGGCAGCAAAGCCAAGAAACAGAAGCCCAAAUGGUGAGUCCUCGUCACCGGACAGUGGGUAUCUGUCUCCUAAAAAUCAAUCAUCAACCCUGAUGACUGCCUCAGCCAGCCAGAGCCCCACUGGAGACCAGCUAGACCAACAGGAGAUGGAAACAGAGGUCAUGCUACCUGAGGCCAGCCUUUGCUACCAGGCCCAGCAGGCCCCAGAAGCGGCCUUCACCCACAGCCCUCACCCACAGCCCCAGAAAGCCUGCCACUUGCCGACUGCACCUCGGUUCAUUCAGAAGCUGAGGAGCCAAGAAGUCGCCGAAGGAAGCAGAGUUUAUUUGGAGUGUAGAGUCACAGGAAACCCAACUCCCAGAGUCAGAUGGUUCUGUGAGGGGAAGGAGCUGUACAACAGUCCUGACAUCCAGAUCCAUUGUGAGGGUGGGGAGCUGCACACCUUGGUCAUCGCUGAGGCCUUUGAGGACGACACAGGUCGCUACACGUGUUUGGCUACGAACCCCAGCGGCUCGGACACCACAUCGGCAGAGGUGUUCAUUGAAGGAGCCAGUUCAACGGACUCUGACAGUGAAAGCUUGCCUUUCAUAUCAAAAGCUGGAGCUAUGCCACAAGCUCAGAAGAAAACAACAUCCGUUUCCUUGACGAUAGGUUCCUCGUCUCCUAAGACAGGAGUGACCACAGCUGUGAUUCAGCCCUUAUCUGUGCCUGUCCAACAGGUUCACAGUCCAACGUCGUAUCUCUGCCGACCUGAUGGAACCGCCGUGGGCUGCCUUCUUCCUGUUUUUACUAAGGAACUACAGAACACAGCAGCCUCGGAGGGCCAGGUGGUGGUCCUGGAAUGCCGCGUCCGAGGAGCACCCCCUCUGCAGGUCCAGUGGUUCCGGCAAGGGAGGGAAAUCCAAGACUCUCCAGACUUCAGAAUUCUCCAGAAAAAACCGAGAUCAACAGCUGAACCAGAGGAGAUCUGCACCCUCGUCAUUGCAGAGACAUUUCCUGAAGAUGCAGGCAUCUUCACCUGCUCAGCCAGGAACGACUAUGGAUCUGUGACCAGCACUGCCCGGCUUACUGUCACCUCCGCCAACACGGAGAACUGUAGCUAUGACUCAAUGGGAGAACUCAGCAACGAUCACUUACAACACUUUCCACCUCCUCCCGCGAUCUUGGAAACAGGUUCCUGUGAGAUGGCAUCCCAGAAACCAUCUGAAAUCCAGCAGGUGAACAGCGCUGACUUAGGACUAAGCAUGGCAGCUCUUCAAAUGCAAUUCAACUCUGCCGAGAGGGAGACCAAUGGAGUUCAUCCCAGCCAUGGAGUUAACGGGCUGAUUAAUGGCAAAGCUUAUGGCGAUAAAUCUCCUCUAAAACCAGCUGCCCUGCUUUCGCCCACUAAGGAACCACCACCUCUCCUUGCCAAACCCAAACUGGGAUUUCCAAAGAAGACCAGUCGGACUGCUAGAAUAGCCUCUGAUGAGGAGAUUCAAGGCACGAAGGAUGCUGUCAUUCAAGACCUGGAACGGAAACUUCGCUUCAAGGAGGACCUUCUGAACAAUGGCCAGCCGAGGCUAACAUAUGAGGAAAGAAUGGCUCGCCGCCUGCUCGGGGCUGACAGUGCAAAUGUCUUCAACAUCCAGGAGCCAGAAGAAACAGCAGCCAAUCAGGAUGUUGGGGCUCCUCGGGCUUCUGUAGGGGGUCCUCUGGAUGGUCAAAAGGAGUACAGAGUGUCCAGCUGUGAGCAGAGGCUGAUCAGUGAGAUAGAGUACAGGCUGGAGCGCUCGCCUGUGGAUGAGUCGGGGGAUGAGGAGCAGGACGCAGAGGCGCCCGUGGGAAAUGCAGCAGCGCCCUUCUUUGAGAUGAAGCUGAGACAUUAUAAGAUCUUUGAGGGGAUGCCCGUGACUUUCACAUGUCGAGUAGCUGGGAACCCGAAGCCAAAGAUCUAUUGGUUUAAAGAUGGGAAGCAGAUCUCUCCAAAGAGUGACCACUACACCAUUCAGAGAGACCUUGAUGGGACCUGCUCUCUCCAGACCACGGCCUCUACCCUAGAUGAUGAUGGGAAUUACACAAUCAUGGCUGCUAACCCUCAGGGUCGUGUCAGCUGUACAGGACGGCUCAUGGUACAGGCUGUCAACCAACGAGGCCGCAGUCCCCGCUCUCCCUCAGGCCACCCUCAUGCCAGAAGGCCUCGAUCUCGCUCAAGGGACAGUGGAGAUGAAAAGGAGCCCAUUCAGGAGCGAUUCUUCAGACCUCACUUCCUGCAGGCCCCCGGGGACCUGACUGUCCAGGAGGGCAAGCUCUGCAGGAUGGACUGCAAAGUGAGUGGGUUACCAACCCCCGAUCUCAGCUGGCAAUUGGAUGGAAAGCCCAUCCGCCCCGACAGUGCUCACAAGAUGCUGGUCCGUGAGAAUGGAGUACACUCCCUCAUUAUAGAGCCAGUCACAUCCCGGGACGCCGGCAUCUACACAUGUAUUGCUACCAACAGAGCAGGACAGAACUCAUUUACCCUGGAGCUUGUGGUCGCUGCCAAAGAAGCACACAAGGCCCCCGUGUUUCUCGAGAAGCUGCAAAACACAGGGGUCGCCGAUGGGUACCCAGUGCGGCUGGAAUGCCGCGUUUCGGGAGUACCACCACCUCAGAUAUUUUGGAAGAAAGAAAACGAAUCUCUCACUCACAGCACUGAGAGAGUAAGCAUGCACCAGGAUAAUCAUGGCUACGUCUGCCUGCUCAUUCAGGGAGCCACAAAAGAAGACGCUGGGUGGUACACGGUGUCAGCCAAGAAUGAAGCCGGCAUUGUGUCCUGCACUGCCAGGCUGGACGUCUACACCCAGUGGCAUCAGCAGCCGCAGACCACCAAGCCAAAAAAAGUAAGGCCCUCUGCCAGCCGCUACGCAGCACUUUCGGACCAGGGACUCGACAUCAAAGCCGCCUUCCAACCUGAGGCGAGCCCAUCGCACCUGACACUCAACAGCGGCCUUGUAGAAAGUGAGGACCUGUGACCAGCACCCUUGUUGACGCUGAAAACUGAACACCAUUGCUUUGACCAACAUACUCCUCUGUCACGUUACAUAAAAGGCAAAAGUAUACUUUUGACAUUAAGAAAUUAAAAAAAAAAAACACCAAAAUCCUAUUUUCUUACUUGAUAGAGAGUCUAAAUAGGUGAUGCUUAUAGAGAUGUACACAUUGCACAGAAAAAUUCACAUUUACUGUCCAGGUUAAAACUUUUGGAAUUGCUGUGAUUAAAAUGGCCUAAAAUGCCAAAAUGCCAAAAGAAAUCAACUAUCAAAGGUAACCACGAUUUAUGUUAUCUCUAAGUGCCUUUAAACACAAGCUAUAGGUGCUAAAGUGUGGCAGUGUGAAAUGUUUGACAGAUACUCCAGUGACUCUAACUUGCAGUGUCUACAGAUGGCUACAGUGCAAUAUGGAAGGAUGGAAAGAAUGGUGAUGAAAUCCAAGCGAAUGCCUUGUCUUUAAAAGUGCUUACGUUAAAUCAGAGGGAAGGAAUUCCUUGCCUUAUAUUUCACUCCUAUCAGGAGUUUUCCUUUUACACUACCUUAAUAGGAAGCUUACUUAUAAUUCAUAGUAAAUAAAAGGCUAAUUUAAACUUAAACAACUGAAGUGUUCUAAAGAAAGCAGAUAUGUAUUAUAGUCCAUUCCACAAGAGGUAUCCAAACCACCCAAAUGACCAAGGCAUAUAGUGUUUGGAAGAAGGUUUGGAAGGCAUGGAAAGAAUGAAGGAAGGAAUCGCUACCCACAUGGGAUCUCAUAUCCAUUUAGAUGAAAGCGCUAGGGGUGGGCCAGGCUCUUCUUUGGUUUUCCUCUAAACCUUAAAAACAUAGGUGCAAAAACACUGCCAUUAACCAGUCAAGGACUCAAGGGAGUCCUCUGGAAGUCUGGAGAGCAUGUGUGGGGGAGACUUCCAUGUAGCUCAAGUGUGUAGUAGUUGACGAUGUUAGUUAGUGUGUAGAGCAAGUUGGACAUGGUUGAGAAGGCAAGGGUGGCAUAAGUGGGAAGUCGCCUGUAAGGUCUCGUCUGCCUGAGGGAAAUGGAGAUGUGGGGGACAAGAACAGGCUUGUGCUGCAAUGAAUUUCUUUUCCACUGGCACUGAGAGGUGGUGAGUGGAGAUUACCAGUUCCCUUCACUCCCUCAUGCCAUGGAACCUACCCUCCAGAGGGUGCCAGGCGCUGAGCAUCUGUAAAAGCAGCUGCAAAGACCGCUUAUUGGAUGCACGGUUCUGCAUCAGCUAAAGUGUGUUGAUUCUGACCAGACUUGAUGACUUUAAGUCGGAACCAAUUUUUUUUUUUUUUUUUUAAAUGAGAGAAAGUAAUUUGGCCUGGUAGUAUAAUACAUGAGGCUUUAAUGGUACUUUGCUAUGAAAAGAAAACACUGUGUUCCUCAUGCAAAACAUACCUGUUGUUCACUAUUUAUAAAAGUGUUAAGCUUUCUUAGCUCAGUUACUCAGUUCAUACAUAGUACUUCUUUAAAACAAUUUUGUAUCUGUAACCACCCCGUGUAUUUUGUAUUACUGCUUCACAUGCUUUCUACUUUUGUAAGGACACCAACCAACCGAGUUUAGCAGGCUUGAGCACUGGACGGCGGAUGCUCCACGCAGCGCCGUGCCAGUCUCUUUGACCAUAUCCACAUCGCUAAUGGGAGAGUUAAGUUACCACGCAAGGUCUCAUGGACCUAUCUCUGUUGUAGAAUUGUGAUCUAUAUUAUAUCAUACUUGCCAAAUCUUUCUGAAUGUGACUUUUUUUUUUUUUUGCUAAUUUGCUGGGCUUGGGAUUAACUAGCAUUUUUUUUUUUUUGCCACCUUUUAUGUUGUAUUUAUGAAAAAAACAAAAAAACAAAGUACUAUCAUACUUUGGAUUGUUGUGCUGGUGUAAUGUGGACUUAACAUCAAUAAAUAAAUAUUUAACAAACAGUAGUUGACAUUGUGGUCUGUCACUGCUAUAACGAGCCAACAGACUUGGAAGCAGAUUCAGAAUUGGAUAGAUCAGAAAUUGGGUAAGAGAUGGCAAGUUCCCAGUUCACUGUGUCCCCGGCCACAAUAGCAUCUGAUGCCCUCGUAGUUAUGACAGAAUUCAGAAGGUCCCUGGAGUUACGGGACAGAGCAGCCAGGGCUGCUCUCCUCUCCCCAAG